AUAGUUGAAUUUUUAACUUACCUUCCAUAAAGAUUGACACUGCUUCUGGAAAUUUUGCGUACAUGAUCAGCAAUCUUCUUUUGUGGCACGUGUUUCUUGCAUUUGUCCUAAGAAAGGUGUUACUUACAUUUUCCCUUUAAGUUCCAGUUUGUCAUUGAGCUCCAUCUUUGACAAUCUGAUCUGUAACUUUCUGAGAGUCUUUCGUUACUUGUUUCUAGGUGUUCUUUUUUUCUUUUUCUUGGUAAAAACAAUAGAUCGUAUCUAGGUGUUCAAUCUGAUUAGAAUGUUGACCUUUUGUCCUCCUUUCUUCUCCUAAUGUCAUUAGCUGCAAUUAUUCCUGUGACUUGUAUUCUGUUUGACUAGCAAAUUAGCAUCAGCUCUGCAAUUUGCAUGAGAGCGAUGUAUUUCCUUUGCUUCUUGUUAUGCGAUUGCAGUUUUAUGAACCAUACAUUUUCAUGAUACUCUAUUUGUUCCCCUUGCUGGGUUAUUAUGUUGUUGCGGUUGUGAUUUGCAGGCGGAGGAGAAGAUAAGGGUGCUUCAUGAAAGGAAAAGUCAAAAGCUGAAGCAAUUAAUUGAAAAGGGGGCUGAUUCUGACAAGAUUGACAUGACCAGAAAAUUGGUUAUAAGUCUCUCCUCAAAGAUUAGAAUUGCAAUUCAGGUAGUUGAUAAGGUUUCUGAGAAGAUAAACAAAUUGAGGGAUGAAGAGUUGUGGCCACAACUGAACGAACUUAUUCAGGGGUUAUGUAGAAUGUGGAGAUCCAUGCUUGAGUGCCAUCGCUUCCAAUCCGUAGCCAUUGGAGAAGCAAAACGGUUAGAUGCAAUUGCAUCUCACAAACACUUCAGUGAUGCUCAUCUUGAAGCUACUCUGCAACUUGAGCAUGAGCUUUUGAACUGGACUUUGAGUUUCUCUUGUUGGGUGACUGCACAGAAGGGCUAUGUGAGGGCAUUGAACAGUUGGCUUAUGAAGUGUCUUCUAUAUGUACCGGAAGAAACAGACGAUGGAAUAGCUCCCUUUUCUCCUGGCAGGAUUGGUGCUCCCCCUAUUUUUGUCAUUUGUAAUCAUUGGUCACAAGCAUUUGAAAGGGUCUCGGAAAAAGAGGUGGUUGAUUGUAUGCGAGAUUUUGCUACAAAUGUGCUUCAGCUGUGGGAGCGAGAUAAGCUGGAAUUACGCCAAAAGAUGAUGGUGAACAAGGAUAUGGAGCGACAAGUGAAGAACCUGGAUAGGGAAGACCAGAAGAUACAAAAGGGGAUUCAUGCACUAGACAAAAGAAUCGUUCUGGUUUCUGGAGAGGAAAAUAGUCUUUCAUUGAAUAGGAAUGUUGUUUACCAGAGCGAGACUAGCAAAAAUAGUAGCUUUCAGGUUGGUCUACAACGCAUAUUCGAGGCCAUGGAAAGGUUUACUGCUAACUCCUUGAAGGUAUACGAGGAGCUUUUGCAACGUAUCGGGGAGGAUAGACUUCCUAGAGAGCCUGAGGCUGUGUCGUAGUAUUGCUUUCCCUUUUCGGGGGGACCGGUUAUGCUUGUUCUCUAAAUUAGGAGUUAUAGAGAUUGCAGUUUAGGGGACAAAGGGAAACCUUUGCUGUAAAGAUAGAGAAACUAAGUUAAACAGCGAUAUGCCUUUUGAGUCAUUGCAACUGAAACUUUUUGCAAUGCUGAGAUCGGAUAUUCUUGAACCUUCAAUUUUAGCCAUCAAAUGUUUUAACAUGCCAGCUGAAAUUUGUUCCGUCUGGUGGAGAUGUUUAGAUGGUCCUGAAGUCUAGGAUCACCAAGCUGGGGUGUCGGAGGCGGGGGUGGGGGAGUGGGAUUGACCUCUUCUGGAGCGAUGUGAGGACGCUAAGCUGGAAUGGUAGGGAAUAGAGUUUAUGUGAAUUGUUCUUUAGAGGCCAAUGACACUUCAUUUUAUAAGAGGUGUUGUGUGUCUGUACAGUGAGACAUAGGCCUGUUUAGUGACUGACGCAAGUCAUGAAACUGCAGUUGCCUUGGCAUUAGGCAAACAGUUGUAUUUUGGUUGUUGAAUAAGGACAUAUCUUUUUAAGAUUCAAGCAAUAACAUGUAUCUAAAAUUA